UCCCUCUCUAUAUUUCUCAGAUCUUAUUUUCUUUCUCAAAAAGGAAAUAACGAAAUAAAGAAAAUAAAAAUUUCAAGGAUUUAAAGCUUGAAUUUUUAGAAGAUGGGUUCUCGAUUUAACUUCGUUGACGACGCAAAGCAGCAAGCUUUGGGAGGAACUGGUGUUCCAUUGACGAGACAGAACUCUGUUUUCUCGUUAACCUUUGAUGAGUUUCAGAACUCAUGGGGAGGUGGGAUUGGGAAGGACUUUGGGUCAAUGAACAUGGAUGAGCUUUUGAAGAACAUAUGGACAGCUGAGGAAAGCCACUCUAUGAUGGCCAAUAACACCAGUUUCAGCAACGGUAACACUGUUAUGAACAGUAACAGCAAUGGAGGUUUUUCUGUUGGUGUGGGAGGAGAGAUUGGUAGUGGUGGUGGUGGUGUUGGUGUUGGUGGGGGUUUGCAGAGACAAGGGUCACUUACUUUGCCUCGUACCAUUAGUCAGAAAAGAGUUGAUGAUGUCUGGAAGGAGCUGAUGAAGGACGAUGACGUUGGAAAUGGUGGAGCAAGUGGAGUUCCGCAGAGGCAACAGACGUUGGGAGAGAUGACUUUGGAGGAGUUUUUGGUCAGAGCUGGUGUGGUUAGGGAAGAGCCUCAAGUGGUGGAGAGAGUGGAUAACUUCAAUGGUGGGUUCUUUGGAUUUGGAAGUGAUGCAGGUCUGGUUUCAGCUCGUAAUGGGUUCUGUCCUAACCAGCCUAAUGGAGCCAUGGUGAGACCUGAGCUGCUGACAACUCAAACUCAGCCACUACCGAUGCAGCAGCUGCCACAGAAGGUGCAUCAGCCGCAACAACUGAUACAGAAGCAGGAUAUACCUUUUCCCAAACAGACUACUAUUGCAUUUUCUAACACUCCAACACAGUGCCUUGAAGUGAAGCCUUCAAUACUUGGAGUUAGGGACCGGACGACUAUGAACAACAACAACCUUCUUCAAGCUGUUGAUUUUAAAACAGGGGUUACGGUUGCAGCAGUGUCUCCUGGGAGCCAGAUGUCACCUGAUCUGACUCCAAAGAGCACCAUGGAUGUAUCUUUGUCACCAGUUCCUUACAUGUUUGGUCGAGGAAGAAAGACAGGUGCAGUUCUGGAGAAAGUGAUUGAGAGGAGGCAGAAAAGGAUGAUUAAGAAUAGGGAAUCAGCUGCACGAUCCCGCGCUCGCAAGCAAGCUUAUACGUUGGAGUUGGAGGCAGAAGUUGCACAACUGAAAGAGCAGAAUGAAGAGUUGCAGAGGAAACAAAUUGAAAUCAUGGAAAAGCAGAAAAAACAGCUUCUGGAGCCAAUGCGUCAGCCAUGGGGAUGCAAAAGGCAAUGCUUGCGAAGGACAUUGACGGGCCCUUGGUAGAGAGCUUAUUUAUGAAGGCGUCCAAGGAGCUCGCUCAACAAAGAGCAGAAGCUAUAGAAACAACACAGAAAGUAGAAGCUAGCUUUGUAUGUAACUUAGGCAGGUGUUUCUGUGUGGGUGAUUGUAGGUAAUGAAGUGUGACCGAUUUGAUUAGAUCAACACUCUCUUUUUUUUCUUCUGUUGUCUUGAAGCAUCUUUUGGUUUUAUCUUCCUUAUGUAAUGGAUCUUGAUGUUGCUUUAUAGGACGUGUCAAUGUCUUGAACAUCAUUGUGAACUUGACCCAUAGUGCAUUUGUCUUGUAGCAUAUGUUACUUGCGUGGAUCUCUUUUUUUCUUCAACGGCUAAUAAAAC